GCUUCUGUACGUUAAAUCUGAACUUUCAUAGCUCUCACAUAGAAAAAUUUAUUCAGUUAGUUCUUAUUUUCAUCCGUAAAUCAUAUUUUUGUGAUGAGUUCUCCUGCAGUGUGACGUGUGUUCAUAUUUCAAAACACUCAAAAGAACGCCAUCAAAGAUGGGGUUCUUUUUCCGCCAUCUUUGUUUAUAUAUCUGGCUCCACUUUAGGAUAACUAGCGGCGCCCCCUGCUGGAUGGAGGCCAAACUGCAAUACUUAAAAAAUGGUCUAACCAAGCAUAAUUAGUUAAUCAAUUUGGAACUAAUUUUAAAUUAAUAAAUGAUUAAUCACUAAUUAAUUGUUUGAAUCCCUAGUUGUAUUUUAUAAACUUGGAUCACCACCUGUUCAGUAGAUGACACAUGACUUACAAUGACACCUGUGUUGCUGUGACACAGUAAUUUGUUUCUGUCUUGCUUUCUGAGUGUCUCUUCAGUUCAUUGUGGUUGUGUGGUGGCGCACCUGCCAAUACUCACUCCUGUAGCACAAGACAGGAAUGAGCCUUCAAGGAAAGUUCUUAGUUAUUGACACUAAUGCAUGUGGUUACAAUCACGAAAUGUUUCAAUUAUUGAAAAAACAAACAUCUGAUAGGCUUGAUGAAGGGUGGUCUGCUGCUGUAGUCUGAUGUUUUACCAAAGAUGCUUAUAGAUUUACGUACUUUGAGAUUUUUGUGAUUUUAUUUGAGUAAUUUUUUUAGGGUGGAAUAGUAGUACAACAUACAACUGUUGGGAUUUUUAAGGAACAAGACCCGAGUGCAAAAGUUAUUGUAAACGAGGUCAGAAUUACCCUAAUAACACCGUCAACUGUCAAGCAUGGUGAGGGCAGCAUCAUGAUGUGGGGCUGUUUCUUGCUCUUAAUUUUUGGAUCAAUCAGUUAAUUCAAAAAUAAUCACUAGAUCAACCCUACUCUGUAUUGAUGUUAAGUCAAGCAGAAAGGUCUGAGCUUUUCACAUGUUGAUCUUAAAAGUAUCCUAAUAGCUGCAAAUGCAUCCUUUGCUACAAAUAAUCAAACAUUUACUAAAGGAAUGCUCUGUUAUUGAAUUUCAGGCAAUAAAAUCUUAUUGUGUAAAGAGGAAUGGAAAUAUUGGUUUGUUUAAUCCAUUUUUAUGCAAUAACUGAAAGGCAAAUAAUCAGAAUUCACCAAUUUAUUUAUUCGAUUGACCAUCAGAAUAAUCAAUAGAUUAAUCAAUUACUAAAAUAUUAAUUAUCUGUAACCCUAGGGGAAAUAAUGAACAAGGACUUAUUCUAAAUUUGUUUUGUUUGAAAUCUGUCUGUGCCAGGAAUCUAACCUACUGAAUUUAAAUAUGCAACCAGAAUUAGUCCAUGGUGCAUUUUGCUAAGGAAACCAUGAAACAGACCCACAGCAUGAUCCUGCCACCAUUAUUCUUGACAGUUAAUACCAUGUUCUUAAGGUAACUUUGAUUCUGGUAAAAAAAAAAAAAAAAAAGCAGUUAAUCUUACUCUCACAAGGCUGUUUUUGCAUAUUAAGGCAAUAAAAACAAAAAAUGAAAUUAUAUACAAGUUGUUUGAUAAACCUAGAAACUACUUUGUGCCUCGUAAAACUGCUAGAAAUGUGCACAGCAUCGACUCUGCAGCUAUGAGAACAAGGUGCGUUAUCGUGGCUGAAAAAUGUUCCAUGGUGGCAUUUGGGUAACGACGAGGAGGCCAAACAGAAACCACUCUAAGGGAAUCUCUGUUUUGCUGUCAGAUAUGGUAGAGGAGGCUACCCUACUUUGACUUAAUGACGUCUGCCUGACAUGUUUCUGAAUUCAUCUAUCCUGUGCAGACAUCAGGAGGAUGGUGCAACAUUGCAACACUGCCUGAAGUUAUCACGUGAAACUAAGACACGGAUGCUGGUGGAAAGUGUUUCCCCUUUUUCAUUUCUCUUCAUUAUUAAUCAUCCCCACAAUACUUUCCUCUAUAUGUUUGGACUGUGACUAUGUUCACACAGCAGGCAUAUGUAACCCAAAUCCGCAGAUUUUUCACUGCAAAUUCCAAUCUUUUGACGAAUAAAAAUCCGUCCUGUCUGUGCCACUCCCAUAGGUGGUACUCAUUUGGAUACAUAUCUGAUAGUUUUCAGAACCUCUGUAGUCUAAACAAUGCUGCAUUUUAUCCUCCUUUUACGUCAUUGAUGUGACGUCUUCUGCGACAGAAAAGGCCAGAUUCGGUAAAUUGGGACAUAAAUAAUGGCUGAAAGUUAUGAUUAUGAAUUUAUGAAAGAGAUCUGUGUCACUGAAGCGCAUCACAUCACCACCCCUCCGAAUAGUUCCGAUUAUGGAUCCAAAUUUACUUCGCUACAAAAAUGUCUGUCAAUUCUCCACCGUUGUAAUUAGUUAUGCUUUCUUUUUAUUAGUUCCCUUCGUCUUGCUGUGAUUUAGUGUCCGUUCUGUCAGCUCCAUUGCUGAUUAAACUUUAAAAAUCGAUCCAUAAACGACUCCGUCCAUUAUUACUUCCGUAAACAGUUCGCUGCUGCGUGACGUCAACGUUCUUCUUCUGCGCAUGCGGGGCGCGUUGCCUACGUAAACCGUUCGUUGACGCACUUUCUCAUUGCGGUCGGGUUUUAUUAGUUGUAUGAAAUGACCGCACAAAAAUAAAAUAAAAAUAAAUAAUUUUAGCAACAAAAAAGGGCGGAGAAAUCGAGGAUUAUAAGACCUUUUGUGUGAACAUUUGGUGAUACAGCUAUUGCACAUGUCCUAGUAACGGUUACUUCAGCGCCAGAGACACAGAGACACAAUGUUGCAAAUCCUAAAAGGUGGAGAAAUUGUGAGUCACGCAGUGGAGACACUUUGUGUGCCCAAAGAGCAUCUGAUGCAGACGGAGGAGUACGACCUGAACGUCGUCCGCCUGUGCAUCCAAGUUUUCCUGCAGGACGAAACCGGCCACUACACCCGAAGACUCAACCCCAUCGUCACCAACCCCAUCUACGACAACAGAGCUCCAAACACAGCUGAGCUGAGGAUUUGCCGGGUCAACAGGAACAGUGGAAGUGUUAAAGGAGGUGACGAGAUCUUCCUCCUGUGUGACAAAGUACAAAAAGAUGACAUCGAGGUGAGAUUUUUCUCCUCCAACGGAUGGGAGGCCAGAGGUUCUUUUUCCCAAGCCGACGUUCAUCGUCAAGUGGCGAUCGUGUUCAAGACGCCGCCGUACUUCAACACCAACAUAACCGAGUCGGUCACCGUGCACAUGCAGCUGCGCCGGCCCUCCGACCAGGAAGUCAGCGAACCGAUGGAUUUCAGAUAUCUGCCCGAAAACAAAGACCCCUACGGCUACAAUGAGAAAAAACGCAAAAUAGAGGAUUUGUUUAAGAGAUCGGGACUCACAGGUGGUUCUUUGGCUGGUUUUCAGAUGCCCAGGCCAAAGGCUGUGCCUCACAGCCCAAUGGCUCACAUGAGGAAAGACCACGGUGCCAUGUACCUGAGGCAGACCGCGGCGCCCAUGACCCAGCAGACUCCAGUAUUUAACCAGUCCUACCAAACGCCACCCCAGGCCACCGGCGCCAUGAUGACAUCACAGGCUCAUAACGUACAGCUCAGUAAUCUGUGGACCAAUCCGGCCUCCCCCAUGAUGGAAACAGUCACCAUUAACCCAUCGGUAUCCAUUGGCAACCACCCAAACAGCAGCAGGCAGCACCAGCCGAGUCGUGGAACUGGUUACCAGCACAAACUGGACCCGGGCAGCUGUGAGAACAAUGCCCUCCCUCAGCUCUCCAUGAGGGAUCUGCAGUGUUUGGACACGGUCGUUCCGGGGAAUAUGAUGAACCCGUCCGAAUCCCAGCUGCUGUACCAGCAGCAGCAUCAAAGAGACGAUCUGAACUCUGAUUCCCAGAACCAAAUGGCCAACCAGAGUCAAGGUCUCCAGAACAUGUGGCAAAACUUCGGUACCGUCACACACGCCCACAACAACACCAGCAACUAUAACGGAUCGGUACCGGCAGACGGGUCCCAAGGCCUGGGCUCUUUCCCCUUCCUAGAGGGAAUGGCGGGUGACGAUUUCCUGAAGGGUCUUGCUGCAGGGCAUGUCUUCCAGUGUAAGCAGGAACCUCAUGUUUCUGUCGGACAAGAUGGCGGCAGCCCUCUGAUGCAAUCCCAAAGAGAGAGCCAGGGAAAUACGUACACCAACCUGCUGCCUCGCCCCAUGAGCAACGGAGCCAACGUGGAUCCGAGGCGGCAGGACGUCGGCGGCGUCACUCAGCCUCUCGCGAAUCUCCCUUUUGGGAUGGUGCCGGAGGUCCGCUACGCAAAUCUGGCCGACUGGGCCAAAUCUUCUCCGCAGGGUAAAUAAGUAAAAAAGAAAUGGUUAGUUUUUAUCAGGAGAAUCUGUUUAGCCUUGGAAAGCUGGUUUGCACUGGCCUCGUGAGGCUCGCCUGGCGUCGGUCUGGGUUGGUACUCUACCGGCUUCGGCAGCCAGUUGGACCAGAACCAGAUAUUAUUUGAAAAAACGGUAAAUUUUAUCGUUUUAGAAGAGCUUUCCCACCAAAAAAAGGUAUUUUUUUUUCUACGUGAAUCAAGUAAGACAUCUUGAUUCCUGAUUUAACUUUUGAUAAUUUGUGACGCUGGAGGAGAUGCAGAAAGUGUCCUUGCAGCUUGUUGUAGCUGACUGGAACUGAAACUGGUCAGUUUAAGUUGGCUAACGUGGAUUUAGCUGGUUUCUGUAAGGACAAACCAUUCUUUAGACUGGUACUGGUGAGUUGAUAAAACAGCUGGAUAACGUCUUCCAGGACAAAGUUAAAAUAUUUGAAGAAGUGAAUGUACUGUCUUUCUUUUUGUUCGUUACUCAAAGUUGAAUUCACUGUCAGCACAUCGAAUACUGAAUGUUAUAAGAGUUAUAGUCUGUUAAAAACACACAAAUAUGUAUAUAAAAGCAGCAUAAUUUCACUUUUAAUUUCUUUGGAUGUUACUGAAAGUACUUCCCUGCUUCUUGUUUAGAUUUUUGUUGCAGAGCAUUGCUGUUAGGUGCACUCUGUGCAUGCAUGUUAGCCAUAGUUGAGAGUAAAAGCAGUAAUCGUGCUUAAACACUCAAGAACUGGCAAGGUACUGAAAUUUCCAUUGAGGAAGUCGAGGAAGGCACAUUGAGUGGUGUCUCUCCUUUGUAAUGACUAUGUCAUGUCAGUGAUUGCUUGUGUUAUCCAGAGUUCUCAGAGCAUUUCUAACAUAUGUUUUGUACUUUCAAAUGCCUUUUAUAUGAUUUAUUGUUUUGUUUAUUUAGCUGACUGUUUGGGGAUGUUUCCUUAAUUGGAUAUAUAUAUAUGAUUAUGGACCAACACUGGCACUGGUCAGCGUUUAUAUUUUCUUACUUGUUGCCUUACAGGGUUUUGGGGGCUUAAAUAAACGUGUCUGUUUUGAUGAAUAUUGUACAAGGUUUGAUAAUUAACUGAUUUGUGUUUUUUCUUUUUUUUGGUAAAAUUUUUAUUUCCUAAUAAAUAAUAAAUUGGUCUUUUCUA